GUGUUUAAUUUCUGAAACAGUUACAAAUGAAAGCAUACAACUUUUCCCUUCAAAGUAUGUUGUCCUCUUGCCGUGGGGGUAUCACCUGUGCUAUAUUAACCUUUUCACUGCUGCAAAGACUGCAUUCCAGCCCACAACACCUAAAUGAUUGUGUUGGGGAGUUUAUUUUAUUUUUUCCCUCAAGGGACAAGGGCCUUUUUAAGCGUACAGUAUUAUUUACAAUCACACUGCGCUGCUUGGGUUAUUCCACGCAGUAUUAAAAUCAGUGUACUGUAGCCCACUGAUUGACCAUCAAGACUGUGAUUAAAUGUGUGCUGCAUUACGUUGUGUUUCCAGUGGAUAAAUGCACUAACUUUCCUCAUCUUUUGACUGUUUUAUCUAAAAAGUCAAUACAUGCAUUUUCUGCAAGUAGAUUAGGGAUUUGAAAUAUUCCUGUCUGUUAGGUACUGCUUUCUUAUAGUAGUGGGGUAUACUGUGCACGUUUUAUGUUGAUUUUGUGUGGUGCCUGGAUGGAAGAAGAUGUGUUUUGUGGUACAGUCACAGUAAAUUGUAAACAUGCUUCAUUCUUUUUUUGCCAUGCUAAUCUACAGCAGGCCUACUGUAUUUGAUGUUCUUAAGUAUUCUGCAAGAUUACUUUUUUUCUUUAUUGAAAGAACUGUACUGAUGAGCUGUGUCCAGUACUGGAUUUACUGUGGUGGUUUUAGAUAAGGAAAUAGAUUUCACCCAUCUGGCAGAAAAGGGUUGUCUCGUCAGCGGAAGCUAAUGGACCCUAUUGAUGAAUGCCUUUUGUGUGUGUGUGUGUGUCUCUCUCUCUCUGAGGGAGAGACAAAGAGAGCCCUCAAUCCUUUCUUCUGCCUCCUCUCUUUCAGUAUCUCUGGUAGUCCAUCCUCAUACAGUACCUGUACCUAGACCUGCAACUGAGGAAGCUAAAUUCAUAUUCUGCUAUUGUACUGUAUGUGGUUUGUAUUUUGCCUGAGAUUUAAGGUUGAAAAAAUGAAAUUGCUUUUACAUUUUCAGGAUUCACUCUAGAGCUUAUCUGUGAAGAAGGGAGCCUUAAGGAUUACAUAUACAAUAGCUUUUUUUUCUUAUUUUGUUGGAGCAAUUACACUUUUAAUGGAAGGGCUGUACCAUGAUAUUUCCAGAAUUUCCUACUACACAGAAUAUGACAGACACCUAGCACCCAGCAAAGGCAUGGCAGCUGCUUACCUCGACCCGAACCUGAACCACGCCCAAGGCUCGGGAGCCAAGUCCCGGCUGAGCACGGGGAUGGAGCGCUCCGCAGGGGCCCUGGACCGGGUCCUCAAGGUGUUCCACUACUUCGAGAGCAGCAACGAGCCCUGCAACUGGGCCAGCAACAUUCGCCAUGGGGACGCCACUGACGUCAGGGGCAUAAUACAGAAGAUAGUGGACAUCCAUAAGGUGAAGUGUGUGUCUUGUUAUGGCUUGCGUCUUAGCCACCUCCAGUCCGAGGAGGUUCACUGGCUUCAUCCAGACAUGGGUGUGUCUCACGUGAGGGAGACGUAUGAGCUGAACCAUCCCCAGGAUGAGUGGAGGUAUGAGCUGCGGAUUCGUUAUUUACCAAAAGGGUUUUUAAAUCAAUUCACUGAAGACAAGCCAACGCUGAACUACUUCUACCAGCAGGUCAAAAAUGAUUACAUGUUGGAAACAGCAGAUCAAGUAGACCAAGAAGUAGCUUUGAAGUUGGGCUGCCUUGAAAUCAGGAGGUUCUUCAGGGAGAUGAGAGGGAAUGCUCUGGAUAAGAAAUCGAACUACGAGCUGUUAGAGAAAGAUGUUGGCUUGAGAAGAUUCUUCCCCAAAAGUUUACUGGAGUCGGUCAAGGCUAAAACACUACGGAAAUUAAUCCAACAGACCUUCAGGCAGUUUGCCAACCUCAAUGAUGAGCAGAGCAUUCUCAAAUUAUUUGAGAUUCUAUCACCGGUGUACAGAUUUGACAAGGAGUGUUUUAAAUGUGCUCUUGGGUCAAGCUGGAUUAUCUCAGUGGAGCUGGCGAUUGGACCAGAAGAAGGAAUCUGCUACCUUACAGACAAGGGCUCCACUCCGACCCACCUGGCUAACUUUAACCAAGUGCAGACUAUCCAGUAUUCAAACAGCGAUGACAAGGAUCGGAAAGGAAUGCUGCAGCUUAAGGUAGCAGGAGCCCCUGAACCUCUAACAGUGACAACGCCGUCGCUGAACAUCGCAGAAAACAUGGCUGACCUGAUAGAUGGCUACUGCCGGCUGGUAAAAGGAGUCUCCCAGUCCUUCAUUAUCCGACCACAGAAAGAGGGAGAGAGAGCCUUGCCAUCAAUCCCAAAGCUCGGCAACAACGACAAGCAGGGGGUUCGGACGCGGACUGUCUCGGUCUCAGAUGAAAUUAGUGGGGACGAGACGGACGACUAUGCAGAAAUUAUAGACGAAGAGGACACAUACACCAUGCCCUCGAAAAGCUGUGGAUUAGAAGAAGCCAGGGACUAUGAGAUCCAGAGAGAGAGAAUGGAGCUGGGCCGGUGUAUUGGAGAGGGACAGUUUGGGGAUGUGCACCAAGGCGUCUAUAUGAGUUCAGAAGACCCUUCUAUGUCAGUGGCUAUUAAAACAUGCAAAAACUGCACGUCUGAUAGUGUAAGGGAGAAGUUCCUUCAGGAAGCUUUGACUAUGCGACAGUUUGAUCAUCCCCACAUAGUCAAGCUAAUUGGAGUGAUAACAGAGAACCCAGUCUGGAUCAUCAUGGAGCUCUGUACACUUGGGGAGCUGCGGUCAUUUUUGCAAGUAAGAAAAUACAACCUGGACUUGGCCUCCCUGAUUCUCUUUGCCUACCAGCUCAGCACAGCACUCGCUUACCUAGAAAGCAAACGAUUUGUACACAGGGAUAUUGCUGCUAGAAAUGUCCUGGUGUCUUCCACAGACUGUGUGAAGCUCGGAGACUUCGGGCUCUCCAGGUAUAUGGAAGACAGCUCCUAUUACAAAGCUUCCAAAGGGAAACUGCCUAUCAAGUGGAUGGCUCCAGAAUCGAUUAACUUUAGACGCUUUACCUCAGCUAGUGACGUGUGGAUGUUUGGAGUGUGCAUGUGGGAGAUCCUGAUGUAUGGAGUGAAACCCUUCCAGGGUGUGAAAAACAACGACGUGAUCGGAAGGAUUGAGAACGGAGAGCGUCUGGCCAUGCCCCACAACUGCCCCCCCACCCUCUACAGCCUCAUGACCAAGUGCUGGGCCUACGACCCCAGCAAGAGGCCCCGCUUCACUGAACUCAAAGCACAGCUCAAUACAAUACUGGAAGAAGAGAAGGCACAGCAGGAGGAGAGGAUCCGCAUGGAGAUGAGACGGCAGGUCACAGUCUCGUGGGACUCAGGAGGGCCUGACGAAGCUCCCCCUAAACCUGCCCGGCGGCCUUCCUUGCAAUACAGCCUUAGCUUGGACUGUCUGUCUCUCUCUGAGCUCUCCCGCUGUGGCCGCAAAGAGCCACCCGACCAGCACCUGAGCUCCCUGUCCCUGCUCCCUCCUCCCGAGGAGUCCUGCGAGGUGGGGCCCCCAGGCAUGCUGGUCCCCAUGCGGCCCAGACGGAGGCCCUCGCUGCCCCCCUCAGGCCCCCGGAAUGGGCCACAGCACGCCCUACCUCUCUACUUUGACAGACUCAACCUAAACCUGCAGCGGCAGCUGAUGUCAGGAGGCAGGAGAAGACGCCAGCCCAGCAGACCAGGCUACCCCAGCCCAAGAUCGAGUGAAGGAUUCUACCCCAGUCCUCAGCAUGUGGGACAGCACAAUCACUACCAGGUUUCUGGAUACUCUGGCUCUCAUGGGAUGUCUCCGAUGCCUGGAGGUGUCUAUCCCCCCCAGGCCUCUGUGCUGGAUCCACAUGACUCCUGGAACCACCAUAGGCCACAGGACAUCCCCAUGUGGUCUCCCAACACGGAGGACUCCGGGCCCCUGGAUCUGCGGGGGUUGGGGCAGGGGCUCCCCACUCACCUCAUGGAGGAGAGGCUAAUGAUGCAACAGCAGCAGAUGGAGGAGGACCAGCGCUGGCUCGAGCAGGAGGAGAGGUUUUUGAAGCCAGACCCAAGGAAUUCCAGGGGCAGCAUUGACCGGGAGGAUGGAGGUCACCAGGGACCGACUGGUAACCAGCAUAUAUACCAACCUGUAGGCAAGCCAGAACAUGUUGCUCCACCGAAGAAGCCCCCUCGACCCGGAGCUCCCAGCCAUUUGGGAAGCCUUGCCAGCCUGAACCCAGUGGACAGCUACAAUGAAGGAGUGAAGAUUCAGCCCCAGGAAAUCAGCCCUCCCCCUACGGCUAACCUGGACCGCUCCAAUGACAAGGUGUAUGAGAAUGUGACCGGGCUGGUGAAAGCUGUGAUCGAGAUGUCCAGUAAAAUCCAGCCUGCUCCCCCGGAGGAGUAUGUGCCCAUGGUGAAGGAGGUUGGACUGGCGCUACGGACGCUGCUGGCGACCGUGGAUGAAACCAUUCCUGUACUUCCAGCCAGCACGCACAGAGAGAUUGAGAUGGCCCAAAAGCUCCUGAAUUCGGACCUGGCUGAGCUGAUCAACAAGAUGAAGCUGGCCCAGCAGUAUGUGAUGACCAGCUUGCAGCAGGAGUACAAGAAGCAGAUGCUGACCGCUGCCCACGCACUGGCCGUCGACGCCAAGAACCUGCUGGACGUCAUCGACCAGGCCCGGCUCAAGAUGAUUGGCCAAGCCCGGCCGCACUAACCUGAGCUGUGUGUGGGUGGGGAGGGUGGGGGGGGUUGAACAGGAAUCUGUGGACGAUGGUUGUGUGCUGCCAACUUCAGCUGCGUUUCACCGGGGAGGGGGAGAGACAGUUGUUUCUAACACACUUGCAGCAAGGGACAGUUAGCCUUCUUCCAGUGCUGAACUGUGAGAUGGGAUUGAAGCCUGCCUGAUCCCACUCCUCCCAUCCAGGAAAUUUCAGAUCUGACGGAUUGCUAUCGAGUUCCUGGGACCUUUCAAAAUCAGUAACAAACACUUAUUUUUGGCUGAGUCUAUUGUGUGUGCUGAUUGGUACAUUUUGUACCGAGACUAUAAAUUCAUCUUUGCUUCAGUUUUGUGGCAUGUUCCCCACCCCCAAGGCAAAGAUCAGAUGUUCAGCACAUCUGGAAAAUGCCACUGGAGCCAAUGACAGAACUGUUAUUGGGAUGUUGGGAAACCACAAGGUUGAGAAUUCCAGCUCCAUAAACACAAAUAACAAAAAGAGACUUACUGUUUUUUUCCUGUCGAUGGUAACACACUGUCACAAAAUGCGAAUCCAGACUUAACAGAGAAUCCUAAAUCUAUAUUUUGGAAGGAUUGACUUGUUUUGUGUCCCCCCUCUUUGUUAGAGGGUGAGGAGGAGUCUUCAGAAGCAAUGGAUGAAAUAAACUACCAGGAAAGCCAGAACUGUAAUUUGUCUUUUUGACAUAGAAUCAUGUGCCAGUUUUUGUAACUUAAAAAAAAAAAAAAAAAAAUCAUAUUUUAGAAGCAGCUGUUUUGCUUUAAGGACAAGCCAGAGAAUUGAGUGAUGUGUGUUAAACAAAACUUCCCUACCAUUGGAGAUGUCCCCUAUUCUUUUUAUAUAUAUAUAUAUAUAUAUAUUAUUUAAAAAGACUAAAGCCACGUUGGGUAUUUUAAACACUAGUUACUAACCCAUUUCCUCCUCUUUUCUCUCGCCCAGGAGGUUUUAAAGAACAGAGAUACCUUCCACCCUUUUUUCUUUUCUAUUAUCCCCCAUGUGUAUUGUCUGUUCAUUAAAAGCCCCUCCAUUUUUUGGGUAUAAGUUAUUCUCAGGAAGAAUAGAAUGACCUGUACAGUUCCUUGGCCUAUUAAAAAGGUGUUAUCAGUACUCUGCCUCCUGGAGGGUGGUCUUUCUGUUUUAUUUUAAUGAAGUUAUGAAGGGACUUGCUGACUUUCAUCCUAAUAUUUUGUAUUGUUUUUUGUUAUUGCAAUCCAGACAAUACAAAUGUAGGUCACCCCCUCCACACACUCAUUAUAUAUGUCAAAUCCUGUACCGACAAUGACCUGCAAUAAAAUAAAAAAAAAAGGAUUUUAGCAGAAUUGCAUCACACUGAAAAUGUUUCAUUUUUCAUCUGUAUAUUCACAAUUAAGUUUACCUAGUAUACUUGUUUCUUUAUACUGGUAAGGGAUACCCACAGGGAAGGAUGUCUUGGGCAACAAGUGGCGCAUCCGGUAAAGGCGCUUCACGUGGAGUGCAGGAUGCGCCCUACAGCCUGGAGGUCACUGGUUCAAGUCCAGUAUUCCACAGCCGACCGUGGACGGGAGCUCCCAGGGGGCAGCCCACAAUUGGCCAAGCGCCGCCCAGGGGGAGGGUUUAGGUCGGCCAGGGUGUCCUCGGCUUACCGCGCACCAGCGACCCCUGUAGACUGGCCAGGCGCCUGCCCAGAGCUGCGUUGUCCUCCAACGCUGUAGCUCUGAGGUGGCUGCAUGGCGGGCCUGCACAGUAAAAAUAAGCGGUCGGCUGAUGGCACACGCUUCGGAGGACAGCAUGUGCUCACCUUCGCCGCUCCCCAGUCAACGCAGGGGUGGUAGCGGUGAGCUGAGCCUAAAAUACAACUGGACAUUUUAAAUUGGGAGAAAAACAGGGUAAAAUCAAUUAGUGAUUACUACAUUUUAGAAGAAAAAACACCUUAAAUGGCUGCAGCAUUUAAAAACAGUAGAGGACUGAAAGCACAAGAUUGACACAAAUAAGAAAACAUCUUACUGAGUUCCAUUGAGGAUGUUAUUGUGUGUUUCUCAUAAUUUCUUCCAUUUAAAACUGAGUUUCAAUUGUCCGUGAAAUGAGUGUAAAUCCAGAAUUUAAAAAACAAAGGCCAUUUACAAAUGAGUCUGUUUUUCUGGCCUUUAUAAAAUCAUUUGAGAGCUGUCAACAAUAUUGCAUUAACAAUAGUUUGUGGUAGCAGGCUGUGAUGUAUGAGAACUGUGAUGGUGAACAUUUAGGUAUGCUUUGGUGCAUCAGCCUGUUUUUCUGUAUUAAAAUAAAUCCUGUGGUUUACUGAU